AUGGACGCCGCGACGAUCGAGGAGGCGAACCGCAUCCGCGUGUCGCUGGGCAUGAAGCCCUUGCCGGUGCCCGGCGCUGACACUGCCCAAGAUCGCGACAGUAGCGACGCCUCGGACAGCGAUGGCGAGCCUCCCGCGAGCACGCUGGAGACCCGGCAGGCUCAGGCGUACGACAACUACGCCAGCCAUAUGGAGGCCGAGGCCCAGAAGAAGAAGCGCGAAGAGCGCGCGGCUGCCAUUCGCAAGGCGCGCGAGAAGGCCCAGCGAUUCGCCGCCAUCGAGGGUCACGGACUCGGCGAAGCCGACAAGGCCGGCGAACUCGACACCAAGUCGUGGUUGAUGGGUCAGAAGAAGCGCCAAAAGAAAAUCGAAAAGGCACGAAAGCUCGAGGAGGAACUGGCAGCCGCAGAAGCUGCAGCUGCCGCCGCUGUCCAGUACACCUCCAAGGACCUUGCCGGCAUCAAGGUUGCCCACGACUCGUCGGCUUUCCUCGAAGGCAAUGACCAGAUCCUCACCCUCAAGGACACCACGAUAGACGAGAAUGAGGAAGAGGGCGACGAGCUGGAAAAUGUGGACCUGCGAGACCAAGAGAAACUCUCCGCUCGAUUGGACCUCAAGAAGCAGCGGCCCGGCUACAACCCCAACGAUGACGACGAUGGGGAGCGGGGAAUUCUAUCGCAAUACGAUGAGGAGAUUGACGGAAAGAAGACAAAGAAGUUCACGCUGGAUUCUGAUGGCGCCAUCGCCGAGCUAUCUGACAUCCUGGGUCAACCGGCACCAAAGUCCAACAAGCUGCAGAGUGUCAGCCUUGAUGAUGUGCUUGGCGACGCACCCUUGUCUUCUGACUACUUGGCGCCUUCAGAAAUCAAGGUCAAGAAGCCCAAGAAGAAGAAAUCCAAGGGCACACGUCAGAGGCAACGUGAUGAGGACGACUUCUUUCCUUUGGAACCGGUAGAAGCCGACGAGAACUCUAUGGAAAUCGACAGCAAGGAUACUUCGAGCGGUGCCAAACGCAAGGCGACGACCGAUAUGUUUGUUGACGACGACGAUCUCCAAGCCUCCCUGGCCCUGCAGCGGAAGUCGGCACUAAAGAAACGCAAGAAGAUGCGGCCCGAAGACAUUGCGAAGCAGCUGAAGGAGCAGACUGAUGAGCCGCUGGACCAGAGUCAAGACGGCGGCCUUGUCAUAGGACAGACAUCCGAGUUCGUCGCUGGUCUUACCAAGCGUGAUGAGGAGGAGGAAGAGGAGAGGAAGCCUAGGCGACAGAAAGAGGAUGAGAGCAGGGAUAGCAAGGCCGAUUGGCUCAAUCCAGGAGACGACGAGGACCACGCAAUGGAGGAGGCAGACAACCUCGACGGCCAUGAUGGAACGGCGACGGAACGAAGAUCCGAAGCUCCCGAUGGUGACGAUAAUCCCAUUGACGAGGAGAAAGCAGUUGGUAGCGGCAUGGGAGCGGCUCUGUCGUUGCUGCGGGAGCGAGGCUUGCUACAAAGUUCCCAAGACGGGUCGCACGAGAAGAUGCUUCAACGCCAGGAAUACUUGAGGAAGAAGCAGGAGCUGGAAGAUGAAUUGGACGAGAAGGCCCGGCAGCAGAGAGAGAGGGACCGGUCGAGCGGCAAGCUGGACCGCAUGUCGCGCGCCGACCGAGAGGAGUACGCCCGACAGCAGAACGCCUGGCGCGACCACCAGCACUCGCGGCGCGUGGCGGAGCUCAUCACGGCUACGUACAAGCCCAACGUCCAGCUCAAGUACACGGACGAGCAUGGCCGCAGCCUCGACCAGAAGGAGGCGUUCAAGCACCUGAGCCACCAGUUCCACGGCAAGGGCAGCGGCAAGGGCAAGACGGAGAAGAAGCUCAAGCAGAUCGACGACGAGAAGCGGCGCGAGGCCCAGAGCCUGUUCGACGCGAACCAGGGCAGCGCCAUGAACGCCGCGACGGCGCAGCAGCUCAAGAAGCGGAGGGAGGCGGGCGUCCGGCUCGGAUAG